AGUAACUGAUGUGACAUGCAUAAGAACUUCCAUUUCAGCACGGAACUGGCUGAAUUAGUUCUCUAUGGUUCCUGUCGCAUGCACAGUGGCCAUUCGCUGGCUCCUCAGACUCCACCCAUAACUAAACCAGCAAUCAGAGUCCAGAGAGCACAAAGGAAGUGGGGGCAGCCGUGUCUACUUCCGGUGUUGCAUUGUAGAGCGCAGGCGGAUCUGCGUCUCGGAGGGAAGGGGGGGUUAGUGCAGUGCGAGGCUGUCAUGGCGACUAACAUCGAGCAAAUUUUUCGGUCCUUUGUGGUUAGUAAGUUCCGGGAGAUUCAGGAGCAGCAGUUCGGCAGUGGAAAGGUAGCCCAACAGAAUGGUGAAAUAAAUUCAUCUGAGGAAGUAAACUCUGCUGAUGUUACAAUUGGAGCUCUUCAGAAUGAUCCGCUAGUACAGAAGAUAGAGCAAGUAUUAUCAGAGGUCUUGGGUGCAGAGCCGCAGUACAAACCAGAUGCUGGACAGGAUGCUGUGAAAAAUAAGUCUCGUUCCACUAAAAGAGGCAUACCUGAUGAAGUGCAAGAUGAAAUUCCAAGGAAAAAGUCUAAAAAGGACAAGAAACACAAAGACAAGAAAAAAAAGAAGAAAAGAAAGAAGGAGAAAAAAGAGAAAAAAUAUAAGAAGCAGUCCAAGGAAUCAAAAUUAAACUCUGACCACAAAGGAUGUGGAGAUAUACAGCCUGCUUCUCAUUUGAAUCCAGAAAGCAUAGUUUUGAGUGCAGAGAAUGUGGAUGUAGGACUUGCAUCUCCUUUGAAAAAUGAUUCUCAAUGGUUUAUGGAAAAAGCUGUGUAUGAAAACCUAAAUUCAUCUUUGUCUAAUUCACAUGAUGCGUCUAAUUCAGAUACCAGCAAAUUGGAUGCAUCUGAAGAAGAUUCUGUAUUCAUCAGUAUGCAGGAGCUCUGUGAAGUAGAGUUAACUAAUGAGAGAGAAUUGGAGAAUUAUACUUGCCAGCAUACCAACCUGGCUAUGAAUCUGCAGGUAGAGGAUGAAUCUUUAAGUAGUGUUGAUGUUGAAAAAGAUAAUACCAGUAUGAAAGAAAUGGAACAGCCUAAGGCUAAUUCAGCAUUGCAGAUAUCAGAACAUAUAGAUGUUCCCGAGAAUAGUCCAAAGUUUGUAGCUGUGGAGCUGGAAGACUUGGAAACCAGGAUGGAGUCUGAUUCAGUGAAGAUAAAAGAGCUGGACUCUCUCUCAGGAUCUCUGGAUCCAGAAGCCAUGGUACAACCGGCAUCAGUUUCAUUUGAAAAGACUGGGUGCAAAUUAAUGAAAACUCCUUUGGAGACAAAUGCAGAAACUAAAGAUUCAGUAACGACAUUGGGAUUUUUGGCUAUGGUGGUGGGGAAGGAUUUUGAAGCAACUUCAGAAUUUUUGAACAAAGCAAAGGUGAAAGCUUCUGAAAGGAGUCCAAAAGAUGAUGUACUUACAGAUGAAUUAGAGCAAGACUCUGAGAGAAUUGCCAUGAUGGAAGAUUCGGAGAAAACUCUACAGAUCCAGUCUAGAAUAGAAAAUAAAGAUUUGGAACAAAUUCCAGAAUCUGUGUGUAGAGUUACUGAAAAAGAUCUUGAAUCCUCUGUAGCACCUGAACCUAAAAUAUGGCCAGAAGAUUCAAAAGGAAGUACAGAACCUGAUGAAUAUAAACACACUGAAGUAUCUCUUGAUCCUGAGAAAACAGGAGUGAGAGAAUUAAAAGAAAGUCAGACUUCUGCAAUUCUUAUGGAACUAAAAGAUUCACUGAAAUAUAAAAAAUCUCUAGAAAUUGUAGCAAAUGUGAAAGAUUUUGAAAGAGCACCAGAAUUGGAGUUUAUGAAGAGGACUGAUUCUGGAGCGUAUUUUUUGGAUACAGAAAUACAAGCCAGACAUUUAGAAACUGCUGCAGAAUCUAAGGAGAUGGAUGUAGAAUGCCUAAGAGGAACAUCUGUAUAUGAAUCAGAAAAAGAAAAAUGGGGUACUAUUCCAGAGACAGUGGUGGAUACGAAGAAUCUAGAAUCUAUGGGAGCAAGUCAAAUUAAUUAUCUGGAAGCAUCUUUAGAAACUGCAGUGGAAAAGAAGGGAGAUACGGAUAUUCCUAAAGAUUCUGAGACAGUAAUUGAAGUGAAAGUUUCUGAAAGCAUUCCAAGAUCUGAAACAAUUCCAGAGAUUAAUAAUUUUGAAAGUGCUCCAGAAGCCCCUAAUAACUCUGCAAAAGCACAAUACCAGGAUGUUUCAAAGCACUUGGCUGUGACAGAUAUGGAAAGUGAGACUCAAAUAAAUCUGAUAGAUUUGAAAAAAAUUCCAGAACAACCUUCAGUAUCUUUGGAAAAAAUUGAAACUAUUUCAGAAACUCUGUACAUGACAGAAAUGAAACAUGUGAAAGAUGUUUUACAGUCUGAUAUGAUGGCACAAGGAAACAAUUCAGAAAUUAAUCUUAAACCAGGGGGGCAGGAAGAACAGAGAGAUUUAGAUGCUGGUUCGGAAUCACUGCAUAUGAUAUUUACAAACUAUUCAGAACACAGUCUUGAACUUUAUACAGAACCUGAAACUAUGAUGGAACUGAAAAAUUCAGAAAGAGUUCCAGAAUUGUUGCACACAGAGGAUAUAAAGAACUCUGAAGCAUUACCUGCUAGAGAAGUUGAAGCUAUAGAAUCUGCAGCAAUAGUAAAGUUGAAUGAUUUAGAAAAAAAAUUAGAAUAUCUGCAUGGAGAAGUGAAAAAUAGGGAAGUAGACUCUAAGGCAGUGACGGAUGUGAUCAAAAGGAAAGACAUAAAAGUUGUUCCUUAUUCUGUGACUGGAGUAAAAGAGAAGGCAUUGGAUACUGCUGAUUAUGUGGGGAACAGACGGAAUGGUGCUGAGACAGCGGAAUGGGAAAUUAAAUCUGGGGGCUUGAAGGUGAAAGACAUAACAGAAAAACAGCCAUCUGCUGAAAUUAAAAGCCCAUUUUUCAUUUCAGAAUCUUCCCAAGAGGUGAAUAUUGUAAGUUCAGAAACAACUCCAGAAGUUGAUGCCAUGUCAGAGACACAAAAACUAAAAGAAACUAGAGAAUUGGCAUGUGUUUUAGAUGUGGAUAGCCCUAAUAAAACUGAUGCUUCCAGCCUUUUGAAUACUGCAGAAAGUUUUGAAUCAAUUUCAAGCCACCAUGCUGUACAGAAUCUAGAAUCUUUACAGUUUGUGAAAACAAAAGAACAAGAAAUAAACUUAGGUUCUCAGCGCGCUUUGGAGGUUAAAUACAUAGUGCCCAGUCCAGAACGUCUGUUUUCAGAAGAAUUAACUAAUUUGCAAGAAAAACAGAAAUUGGAGGCAAGCACAGAAGCAUCAUGUUUUACAGCAACCCCAGGUUCUCCAUAUGCAUUAGGGACAGAACUGAUCGUUGCUUCAGAAUUGGGUGAGGUUAAUGAAGUAAUAGAUUCAGAACAUUGUUCCAGAUCUUUGUAUAUGACACAGACAAAUUCAGAUAACUUCCUGAAGCCUCUGUACAUAAUACACCCAAAAGAUUCAAAAAUAAUUUCAGAAUCUAAGAUAAUAGAUGUAAAGGACAUGGAGAUAGAACUGGAAUCUCCCCACAGAAUGGGUAUAGAAACAGAAGAUCUUCCAGAAUACAAAUCAGUAGCAACAUCUCAGCUAUUGAAAAUAAUUGAAGAAUCUCCAAAGAAAAAUGAAAUACAAGAAUCAAAUACAGCAUUUGGAAAUAAAGCAUUGACUGAUCCAGGUUUGGAAGCAAAUUCAGAAACACUGUGUGUUAUGGAUACUAAAAAUUUGGAAGUUGUUAAAAAGACAUACGUAGCUCCAACGUCACAGUUUACAGUAGGAGUGAUAGGUAUAGAAGGAACUCCUAUUCCUGUCAAUGCAGCAGUGGACAAAGACUUAAAGUCAUCUGAAAUAAUUGAAACUGCAGUUGAAGUAAAACAUUUGGUAGCAUCUACAGCUCCUGCAGACAUCACAAAAGAAACUUUUGGCUUUGCUCUAGUAACAGAUACAAAAACCUCAGAAGCAAAUUUAGAGUCAGUGGACAAAAAAGGGGUAAAUACUAUAUUUGAUCAUGAAGCAGCUCCAGAUCAUUCAGAAACCUUUAAGAAACAUAAACCAACUUUAAGUGCAGGCACCACAGAAGGUGUGUUGCCAAAAGAAAAGGAAUCUGGAACAGAUCUAAAACCAGAAGCAGCUUUGGUAGAAAAAUAUUCUGAAUCAGUUUCAGAGACUGAGGAGCGUGAUGCAACACUUACUGUGCUUAUGGUGGAUGUAAAAGAUUCAGAAUUGAAUUCUGACUUUGCAAAUACUGGAGAGGAAAAAGCUUUAAAAACAACAUUGCAGUUUGAAACAACUCCAGAACCCCUCUGUGUGUUGCAACUGGGGAAUUCAGAUAACGUUGUGGAAUCUCUACUUACAACAGGGAUGACUGACAUAGAAACAGUAAAUUGCGAAGUAGUAUUAGAAGCAGAAGAUCUAGUAGCUCCUGCAACAAAUUUAAAUACAUCAGAAUUAAAGUCUUCAGAGUCUGUGUGUAUGCUUGAAAUCACAACUUCUGAAGAAAUAUUAGAGCUAACAACUUCAACACAUCUGAGCUCGACACACUUGAAGUCUUCUGACACAACUGCAGAAAUGGAAGCAUUAAAUAUAAUUGAUUCUGAGACUCGUCUAAGAGAAACGGAAGUUAAAUAUUUGGAUUCGGUUACAGAAACAGGUGGUGUGCUGGAGCCAUUUGACUAUAAAGCUGUUCCAGAAUCUGAAUACAUUUCAAAGGAGAAUGUUUUAGAAACAACUUCAGAGGCUAUCUGCUUGAAACAAGUGGGAGAUCUGGAAACCAAACCAGAAUCUAAGCAUGCUUGGGAAAGAAAAGAUUUAGAACCUUUAACUCAAUCUGGGAGCACUGUGCAAGCAAGAUGUGUGGAAGAAAGUCUCGUAUAUAAAGUGCAGGGUGUUGCAGAAAGUACUUCACAGUUUUCAGGCACCAUGGAAACAGAAGAUUUGGGAGCUACUAUGUCAUCUGUGGUUGCAGAAAUGGGGAAGAAUUCAGACAAAAAAUUACAGCUGCAUUUUCAGGAAAAAAAUUCAGAAACAGCUACAGAAUGUACACACAUGUCAGGUUUAAUGGAAACUCAUGCAGAUGUGGAACCUGUUUGCAGAACAGAGAAAAAACAUUCAGAACCUAUUGUAGAAAUGGCAUGUGUAGUAGAUAUUAAAAAUUUAGAGGCAAACUCUGGAUUUAUGAGUAUGUCAGAGUUGAAAGAGACAGUAUUUGUGAAAUCUCAAACUGGUCCAGAACUUGUGCACUUAAAAGAUUUUGAAGCAAUUCCUAAAUGUGAAUCUCUUGGAAAAUUAAAAAAUGUGCCAAUUGUCCAAUCCCCUAUUGAUAAAGAAAAAAUGCAUUUUGAGGAAAGCUUAGAGGAGAGACAGGAUUUGGAGAAAGAUUCAACUUCUUUGUUUGUGUCAGAAGCAAUCGCUGAAGAAUCUCUGAAAUCUGUUCUUGCUGUGAAAGCUGAAGACUCUGAAACAGCACAUAAAUACACAAAUGCAAAGGGCAUAGAAAUUUCAGAGCAAAAUUCAGAAUCUGUGUGUAUGAGAGUGGUGAAGGAUCUGGCAUCAGUGCCAGAACAUGCAGAACUAGUUCAAGUGGAGAAUUCUGAAAUAUCUUCAGAAGUCACUUUGGAGGAGAAAAAUUUGGAAACAACUUCAGAAUCUUUCUGUUUGAUCAAGGAAAAAAAUUCAGAAGCUAGUACCCAGAAGUCUUUGGAGGAGCCAGUAGUAAAAGCAUCUCUAAAACCUGUAUGUGGGGCAGAAGAAAAUGAUUUGGUAGAAAGUCAACAGAUAACUGCAGAGGUAAAAGAUUCAGAAGCUGCUCUUGAACCUGUGAAAGUAGCAGAGAAGGCCCUGGAAGCAACUUCACAUACUUCUUUGAAGGAUCAACAUUCAAAAGCUGUUCCAGAAUCCUCAGAGAUAGCAAACGAAAAUGAUGAACCUAUUUCAAAAGACAGGAAAAGUGAAAAAAUAAGCAGCAAAAGUAAAGAUAAAAGCAAGAGUGGGAAAAAAGCCAAAAAGAGUAGGUCAAAAUCGCCUUCCAAGUCAAAAAAACGUAAAAAAAAGUCUAGAUCACGUUCCACCUCUAGACAAACAUCAUUAAGAAGAGCACGCUCUAGAAGCAAGAAUGAUUCUGAUUCCCGGAAAAAGCAUUCUUCCUCACGUCGUAAGUCUAGAUCAAAAUCUGCUGAGAGAAAAGAAGGCAAGGAAAGUUCACUAAGAUCUAGACGGAGGCGUUCUCGGACUUCUGACCAUCAUAAAUCUAGAUCCAAAUCAACUGACAAAAUUUCACUACGGUCAAGGCGGAGGCGGUCCAGAUCCUCUGAUCGUCGGAAAUCUAGGUCCAAGUCUGUUGACAGAAGAGAAUCAGUCAGGACAAGACGAAGAUUGUCCAGAUCCUCUGAUAAUCACAAGUCUAGAUCUAAAUCUGUUGAUAAAAGAGAAACUUUAAUAAGAUCAAGACGGAGACGGUCUAGAUCUUCUGAUCAUCAUAAGUCUCGAUCACGAUCCACUGACAAAAGAGAGAUAUCCACAAGGACAAGGAGGAGACGGUCCAGGUCCUCAGACAAUCACAAAUCUAGAAGUAGAUCAGUUGAGAAAAGAGAGACUCCAGUGAGGAGAAGGAGAAGGCGAUCUAGGUCCUCUGAUAAUUACAAAUCUAGAUCUAAAUCUGUUGACAGAAGAGAAUCUUCAGUAAGGCCAAGGCGAAGAUGGUCCAGGUCCUCUGAUCAUCAUAAGUCUAGAUCCAGAUCAGUUGAUGACAAAAGAAAUAUUUCAGUGAGAACAAGGCGAAAACGAUCAAGAUCUUCUGAAAAUCGUAGGUCUCGGUCCAAAUCAGUGGACAAAAGAGAGACUUUGAGGACUAGACGAAGACGAUCCAGGUCUUCUGACAACCGCAAAUCUAGAUCCAGGUCAGGAAACAAAGAUACACUGAGGACAAGGCGAAGGCGAUCCAGGUCCUCUGAUAAUCGCAAAUCCAGAUCUAAAUCUGUUGACAAACAGGAGUCCUCAGUGAGAGCAAGAAGGAGACGAUCCAGAUCUUCUGAUCACAAAUCUAGAUCUAAAUCUGUUGACAAACGGGAGACUUCAGUGAGGGCAAAAAGGAGGCAAUCUGGGUCAUCUGAUAAUCACAAGUCUAGAUCUAAGUCAGUCGAUACAAGAGAGACUUCAGCAAGAGCAAAAAGUAGACGAUCUAGGUCGUCUGAUAAUCGCAAGUCCAGGUCUAAAUCUGUUGAUAAAAGAGAGACUUCAGUAAGAGCAAAAAGUAGACGAUCUAGAUCUUGUGAUAAUCACAACUCCAGGUCUAAAUCUGUUGAUAAAAGAGAAUCCUCAGUGAGAGCAAGGAGACGGUCCAGAUCUUCUGAUAAUCGCAAAUCAAGAUCAAAAUCUUUUGACAAAAGAGAGACUUCAUCAAGGUCAAAAAGAAAACGAUCCAGGUCUUCUGAGAAUUGCAAAUCUAGAUCAAAAUCUGUUGACAAAGUAGAGGUAUCAUCAAGGUCAAAAAGGAGACGAUCCAAGUCAUCUGAUUCUAAGUCUGUAACAAAAUCUGAUGAAAAAAGAGAGUCUUCCCUGAAGUCUAGACAGAGAAGAUCAAAAUCUUCUGAUCGCCAAAAGUCUAAAUCAAAAUCCAGAUCCAAAUCCUCUGAAAGAAGAAAGGACAAAGACUCUUCAAAUGCAUCCAAAGGGAAGUCUUCCAAAUCUAGAUCAAAGUCUAAAUCUCCUGAAAAAACAGAAGAAACUGAAUCUUUGGAAGCAUCUGUACAUAAUCAUGCAAAAUCACCCGAACAUCCCAAAUCUAAAUCUAGGUCCAGAUCUCCGGAUAAAGCAGAAGACAGAGACAGACCUAGAAGAUCGAGAAGUAAAUGCUCAGAACCCAAAUCUCACAGUCAUAGAACAGUAUCACGCUCUAGAAGGAAUCGUUCUCGAUCACUAACACGGAAGAGGACCUCAAGAUCAAAAUCUGAUAAUCGAUCAAGAUCACGGUCUCGAACUCGCUCACGAUCAUGUUCAAAACGCUGGAAGAAGACUAGAUCAAGAUCAGUGUCAAGACAGAGAUCUUUAUCAAGGGAAAGACGUAGGAGAUCUCGGAGAAAUAGAUCAAGGUCUGUUGACAGACGAAGGAGAAGGUCAGAUUCAAGAGACAGUUACAGAAUAACUCUCCGAUUACGGUCCCGAAGUCGAACACCUGUGCGUCUAGGGACCUCUAGAUCCACUGGGAGGAGACGGAGCUCUAGUGUAUCACCUGAUCAUCGGAGAUCCAGAUCUUCGAGCAGGUCACCUAAACGGCUAACUGAUUUGGAUAAGGCACAAUUACUUGAAAUAGCUAAAGCAAAUGCAGCUGCCAUGUGUGCCAAGGCCGGUGUGCCGCUGCCACCGAGCCUUAUGCCUGUUGUUACUCCAGAAAAGAAGGAAGAGAAAGUCACCCAGAAGUCAGCAAAAGAGACGAUAAUGGAACUUACUGAGAAAUGCAAGAAGAUUGCGCAGAGUCAGGAAGAUGAUGUGAUUGUAAAUAAACCUCAUGUGUCUGAUGAAGAGGAAGAAGAACAUCCCUUUAUUAAUCACCCCUUUAAGCUCAAUGAACCCAAGCCUAUUUUUUUCAACUUAACUACUCCUACAAUAAAACCAGCUCCUCCGAAAAAUCAAGUCACUUUGACAAAGGAGUUUCCUGUCUCUUCUGGAUCUCAACACAGGAAAAAGGAAGCAGAUAGUGCAUAUGGAGAAUGGGUUCCAGUUGAGAAGAACAAAGAGGAAAACAAAGAUGAUGUCUUCCCUAAUCCAGCUACUCUGGAGCCUGUGGACAUCUCUUCUGCACUGAAUGAGCGGACAAUAGCUCAGAAGAGGCUUACUGAAAAUACUUUUGAUCUGGAGGCAAUGUGCCUGUUAAAUCGGGCACAGGAACGGAGUGAGGGCACCGCAAGUGGGUCUGUGGGGCUGAUCACAGCUGAUGUGCGGGCUUAUAUGGAGAAAAGCGAUCUUUCAGAUUGAUGCCUGGGCUCAACUGAACUCUCUACCAGGCCAGUUUACAGGAAGUACCGGUGCACAGGUCUUGUCUUCAGAACAAUUAUCCAACAGCGGUCCCCAGGCUUGGAUUAAAAAGGUAGAUGAUAUUCAGACAGAUGAGUCCAAAUAUCACAGGUUAAACUCCUUUGAAAUCACUGGAAGAAGUGAUAAUGAAACACUUAGGACACUAAUGGCCUCAUAAAAUAUGUGCAUAAAAUAAACUGAGUUAAUUUACUUUUGUGUUGUGUCAAGAUGUGUGUGCGCGCUCUUGUUUUGAUAUCUGUAUCUACUAUGCCUAAUUAGCUCUGUGUUAAUACUGGUUUGGUAGAUAAACUGUAGAAACUGGGAGAAUGUUCUGUGCUGACAUAUUAAAAAAUGUAUUACUCCUAUGGUUACUGUUAUCUUGUGCUGAAAUUUCCCUGAAAUAUGGGUACAAUCAACCGUGUUAGUUCUGUUACUGACCUUGUCAGAACUUGAUCUGAUUCCUGAUUUAAGUAGAAUUUUGGAUGAUGAACAGGGCUGUAAAAAUGCAUUUGCUCACUUGCCUUUGUUGGAUACACAUUUGAAACUGGAGAGAUGAAGCUGCAAAUGGAGAUUGAGGCUCUGUAUAGUGUUCAGUGUUCUUUACUAUUUAACCUCCCAGUGAGGUGAACAGGAGUCUUGUUUUGUGCUUCAGUUAGUUUAAAAUAAACACACCAGACUUCUGAUUUCUUCCUUAUCUAGUCGCACCAUCUUGAAAGGGUGAGAUUUGACUGGUCAACUCUCUUUACUCUGUUUUUUGUUUUUGUUUUGUUUAUUGCAGUGUAGGAUAAAAUGUGGGAGAAACUUGAUUUUUUUUUCUUCCAAGGGGUGAGAACAAUUGUCUGAUACAGAGGGAUACAGAAGGUGGUAGAGUAGUAGAUUGAGUGUGUCUCAUAAAAGAUGGCAGGAAAAAAGUGCUUGUACAGGUUGCUGGGCCUGGAAUAACAAGGUGCAUCUGCUUAUAGCAGGAGUGUUGGUAGAAUGAAGGGGGGAGGAGGAUCAGAACAUAAAUGCACCUGAUUUGAAUUAGUAGUUGACAAAAAUGUAUAGAUGUAAAAUGACAAGAGGUUCCAGAAUAGGAAAAGAACAGAUGGCCAAAACAAAGACACAAAAACUUUGAGGGCUCUAAAGAGCAAAACCCAGAAUAACAUUGAGCUUGUUCUGUGAGCUGGAAUUGGUACUAUGCAGGUGGGUUUGGUAACUGGCUAUACUUGAGAGUUCAGGAAACCCCUAAGGAGUGAGCUUUUAUGUUUUGCAAACAUAUGUAUAUUUUUACAGCCUUGACAAGAAAUAAUUUAUCUCUUCUCAAUGUACACUGUUCCAUCAGAAUUAAUUUUAUCCGCUUCUAGCUCUGAUUGGUUUUUAUAGAACACAAUUUAUUUGGAGCCAGCUGAUAUGAAGAUUGAGUUGUAGUUGAUUCAGUAGAGCUGAGUGUAGUUGAGUUAAAAUAAGCACCUAGAUACAGUAACUGGAGAGUUUUAUAAUUGUGUUCUGUUGAUAAAAUGUACUAUACACUUUUACACUUUUGUAAUUAAAAUAUAUGGGAAAUAUUGUAAAUAUAUUAUCUGUAAAUAUUUAUCUGCUGAACUGGUUUUCUUUGUGGAAAUAAAAGCAGAGAACCAGUAGUCAUGGAUUGCUGCUGUUAUGGAAUCGCAGCAACAAGUUUAGGAAAGGCUUUGAUGAUGCUUCUCUUUUGUGUUUGUCUUUCAUCACCCAUGUACAGUUAACAGAAAGACCAUAUGUACUGUAAUUUAAUUGGCAGUGUAUCCAUUAGGCAAAUGACAGUAUUUUUAAUAAAAUCCAAGUAGAUUGGCCAAGUGGUUCUUGUAUCAUGACAUCCUAAAUAAAAACAGAAGAUUUCAAAAUGUU